AUGAGUCGUCUUGAAAACACAUUGACGACACCCGUGCACGUCCUUGGGGAUGCCACGUAUGCCGUGCAAGGCGAUGUCUGCGGCGUCCACGGCACUGGCUGUCCGCGCACCGGCGACGUAGCCAUCGCAGACUGCACUCCCUUUCUACCGAGCUACGUGCCCAGCGUCGGUUGCAUCAUGUCGUCCAACACCACGUGCAGCAUCAUUGCUUCCGUCAUGGACAGCAGCUCGGUUAGCUACUACGCUUGCGUGUUCCCGGUCGGUGGCGAGGCUCCCCGUGUCGUUGACAAAUUUGCCUCUCGCCCGAUCGACAAGACCGCUGCGCCGACGCCACCAACGGCCACCCAUGCAACGAUGAUCCUCGUCAUUUCCGUAGCGUGUGCUUGUUGUCUUGCACUUGCGAUCGUUGUCGUCUUGAUCAUGAAGGCCAAGGCCCAGCGCACCAGUCGCCAGCAAGCGGCUCAAGCGCGCGCAAUCGUCGACCAAGCGCUCGUUCCAUCGAGCGACGACGAGAGCGGUGGCGAAGUCAUUCUUGUUUGA